UUGCAGACAUGGCGGCUCCGCUGGGUGGCAUGUUCUCCGGACAGCCACCGGGGCCCCAGCCACCCCCGCCGGGACUCCCAGGCCAGGCUUCGCUUCUUCAGGCCGCGCCAGGGGCUCCGAGAACCUCUAACAUUACCUUAGUGGACGAACUGGAGUCCUCUUUCGAGGCCUGCUUUGCUUCUCUGGUGAGUCAGGACUAUGUCAAUGGCACCGAUCAGGAAGAAAUUCGAACUGGUGUCGAUCAGUGUAUCCAGAAGUUUCUGGAUAUUGCAAGACAAACAGAAUGUUUUUUCCUACAAAAAAGAUUACAGUUAUCUGUCCAGAAACCGGAGCAAGUUAUCAAAGAGGAUGUCUCGGAACUAAGGAAUGAACUGCAGCGGAAAGAUGCCCUGGUCCAGAAACACCUGACCAAGCUGCGGCACUGGCAGCAGGUGCUGGAUGACAUCAACGUGCAGCACAAAAAGCCGGCUGACCUCCCUCAGGGGUCCUUGGCCUACCUGGAGCAGGCGUCAGCCAACAUCCCCGCGCCGCUGAAGCAGAACUGAGCACCGGAGCAAAGCGCCCAUCACCCGAAAGAUUGUCUCAUGCAUAAGUCUGCCUGAGGACAGUUGUGCAAAAUACCCAUUCUUGUGGACAUCACCUUUUGGGAGAACUCUUUGCCAGACAAUGAGACAAUUUUCAUUUCAUGCUCCCACCUGAACUUUUCACCCUAUUUUUAUAAGGUGUUUAUUUCUCCAGUACUUUCUAAAGCAUCUAUAGCUUCGAUAAACCAGGUAGAUCUGUUUUGUCUUUAAGUUUAGACUUGGUUUAGUGUGAUGCCAAUUACAGAUGUCUUUUCAUGGUUUUUUGGCUGUUUAUUUUUUCUAUGACUUUUAAUUUCUUCAUGUGUACUUCUAGUUGUUAAUUUGUGUGAUCUGAGGGAGAAAAUCACACUAGUCUGGGCAUCAGGAGAUGAGGAUUUUGGUUGUAGGCGUUGUAUGAUAAUUAUUCCUCAGUAGCAGUGCAGGAACGCAUGUAAAUUUGCGAUGUGCCAGACUCUGAACUACCUCAAGAAGAGGAAUCUAAUGCAACGCGGUCUGUGAGGAGUGAGGCUAUUUUGUAAAUAUGUAGGAGGAUUAUAAUAUCCUAGGUUAGUGUAGUAGUAGUAGUACUGCUUUGGUUUGGGGUAACUUUAUUCUUUGUGUGGUGUUGAAUUAGUUUUUUGCGGGGGUGAGUAGCAGGAGGGGGGGGAUAUGCUAAAUCAUGUUAUGCUCUGCACUAAAUGAACCAGUUUAAGGACCGGGCAGACCUUGUUGUCAUAUAGCGUGGCAGUUGGGUAUAGGUGAAGUAUGAGGAGUUAAAGUUUGCUGUGAUACUUUCUUAGUUCAGUUUAGUUUUCAUCUUGCUUUUCUGGAGCAGAGGCAGUUUCCAUUAAGGAAGCUUCUUGCUAAUGGAUGGUCUUGAUCCAAGAGACUGGGGCCUCAGGGUAGCGGGGUGGGCAGUAGGGUGGCCCUGGGCUACCGGACCUCCACAAAAACAUGCCCAGCCUCAGCCUUUGGGACAUCUUAGCCUCUUGUUAUUUUGUAGGCCCCUCAGAGUCUCUCUUGAAUGGCUAUUGAGAAAUACAGACCAGCAUUGUUCCUGGUGCUAGUUGGAUGAGGUUUUCGUUUCUCUGUUUUAUACAGUCUCAUUAGAUGACAUGCCUCCACCCAGCACAGACUCUCAGUUGUCUUGGAAUGGGGUGCACUUUGUGACUGGUGCCUUGGGUCCUUUUGGUUUCUUUAGUCUUGAAGGCCCCGUCCCACACGCGUCCAAAUCCAUUUAUCCUUCCUGGCCCGGCCUAGAUGCCUCCAGGUCUGUGAAGCCUUUGAACUCCUUUCCUCUGCAUUCCCAGGGCACAGGACUUUUGAUCUCUUCUAUGGCCCAUGCUGGGUUCUCCCUUGUGAGUUAGUGAUUUGUAUCUUUCCCUACUCUUCACUGCAUUGUAAGCCCAUGAUAAUCAUGCAUUAGACCCCUUUAAAAGUAUGUGUGUGUGUGUAUUUUUUUUU